AUGGCGCCGGAGUCCCCUUCCCCCGUCGACCCUGCCGCUGCCGAGGCGCAGCGCGUGCAGGACGCCGCCGACGCCAAGCAGCGCGCGGCAGACCAGGAGAAGGAGCGCCUGGCCCUUGCCGCGGCCGCCGCGGCCGCCGCCAAGGAACGCGUCCGCGCCGCCCUCAAGGCUCUUGAACUCGAGCGCCGCACCGCUGCCGACCUCGAGCGCAAGGCGGCCGACGCCCACAAGCUGGCCAACCCACCCAUCCACCACGACGGCGGCGCCGACGAUGACUUCCACGACGCCGCCGCGUAUGAAGCCGCCGUCAUCGCCAAUCUUCAUGCACAAGCCGCCGGUGUCCAGAACAUCCGGACCGAUGCUGCGCACCCCACCGUCCCGGCAUGGCGCCGCAUGGACGCCGUCGUCCUCUCGUGGCUCUUCGGCGCCGUCACCACUGAGCUCAUGGAGACCGUGCGUACCCGCGGCGGCACGGCACGCACGGCCUGGCUUGGCAUCGAGGCGCAAUUUCUCGGCAACCGAGAAUUCCGCGCCCUCCAACUCGAUGCCAAGUUCCGCAUCUUCACCCAAGGCGACCUCUCCAUCGGCGAAUACUGCUCCAAGAUGAAGUCCAUGGCGGAUCAGCUCGGGGACCUCGGUGAAGUGGUCCAUGACCGCACUCUCGUCCUCAAUGUCCUUCGGGGCUUGAACGAGCGGUACGCGCACAUGCGCAUCCACUUCCGCCGCACCAACCCGUUCCCCUGCUUCCGCGACGUCCGCAACGACCUUCUCCUCGAGGAGCUCUCCGUCGAUGCGCCGGCCUCUGCUCCACCCACCGCCCUCCUCGCCUCGACCACCAAGGGUGCGUCCGUGGGCGAUUCCUCGCGCAGCCCCGCGGCCCCCUCCAGCGGUGGCUCCGGGGGCUCUGGCCGCGGCUCCAGCGGCGCCGGCGGCUCGGCCAACACAGGAACCGGCGGCAGCGGCGGCAACAGGCGACGGCGGCGCAAGGGGCAAGGGCAGGCGCAGGGGCAGGCGCCUUGGCCAUCGAUCUACAAUCCCUGGACGGGUCAGAUCACGAUGUGGCCUGGCACAUCCGCGGGCCAACAGCAGCAACGUGGACCGGCGGCCCAACAACAGCAGCGUGGCAAUGGGCCGCAGCAGGCCACCUUCCAUCCGGCCUUGCUGGCCGCCCUUCAGCCGCAGCCGGCCCUCUUACAGCAGCAGGCCCAGCAGCAACAGUUGGCCCAACAGCAACAGUUCGCCCUACAGCAGUUCGCCCCGCAGCAGCAUCACGCGGUGCCCGGCCAGCAGCAACAUCAGACGCCCUGGACACCAUGGUCCGGCUCUUGGGAUCAGCAGUCAUUAGCUAACAGUUUUAGCACAAUGACGCUGCACCCCCCUGCCUCCACCGACUGGGUUGUCGACACUGGUGCCUCUACCCACAUGACUCCAGAUUCCGGAUAUCGGUGUCUGGAUCUUUCCACCAAUCGGAUCCUCAUCUCUCGACAUGUUGUCUUCGAUGAGGCUUCGUUUCCCCUCUCCGGCACCCCUCAUCCUACUAAUGAGCUUGAUUUUCUGCAGUCUGACCACGAGGUCUCGGUGUUCCCCAUCGGACCUCGCCCCUCUGGUGUCCCUGAUGCGCCCCCUGCAGGACUCCACGACGAUGGCGCCCGGGUCAUGCCAUCUGUGUCGACGCCACACGUCCCCGUGCUCCUGCCGCCCCAGCUCCAGCUCCGGCAUCUGUGA